AGUCUACAAUGGCAAACCAAUAUUGAAAAAAGUGAUUCAAGCAGCUGUCUUUAUAUAGAAGGCAGAAGGAUCCUUUGAUCAUCCACUGUCUGAAGUCCCAAGAACAGAGCAACUCCCAAAUCUCCCAUUCCAUGGCUGGAAUCUCUCCAAUCUCCCCCACCCACUUCCUCUUUCUCUCUUUCCUCCUCUUCUCCGCCAUAGCUUUGGCUAUAGCCGAAGAUGAAAACUCCUUUGCAAGAACAGUGAACAGGAAACGUCUGGGUCUUAGAAAAGAAAAGCUCAGCCACUUCCGUCUCUACUGGCACGACGUUCUAAGUGGAAAAGACCCAACCUCCAUGCAAAUCGUUCCCCCUGUUUCGAACACUUCAAUGACUAGAUUCGGUGCGGUCCAAAUGAUCGACAACCCAUUAACGGAAACUGCAGAUAUCAAGUCCAAACUAUGGGGAAGAGCAGAGGGAUUGUAUGCAUCGGCUUCACAAGACGGAUCUGGGUUGUUAAUGGCGAUGAACUUCGCGUUUGUGAGUGGGAAGUACAAUGGAAGCUCCAUCACAAUAUUUGGAAGGAACCCAUUUUUGGAGAAAGUGAGAGAGAUGCCUGUGAUCGGUGGAAGUGGGUUGUUCAGAUUUGCGAGAGGGUAUGCGAAAGCUUCAACCGUUAAUAUUGAUUUCACAACAGGGGAUGCUGUCAUUGAAUAUAACAUUUACGUGCUUCAUUAUUGAAUUCUGCUCUUCUUUUUCUCUUUGUUGAAUUUUGAAUUUUGAAUAUUUGUUUUCAAUGUUAUAUUAUCUUUCAUUGUAUUUGAGUUCAUCUAUGUGUCGUGAAAAGGAUUAGAUAAAUUAACAAUGUUGUUUAUUACAAUGAUCUAUUCAACAAA